UUGCCUGCUGAGAAGCACCUUCUAGGAGCUGGGGGCGCUGCUUUCGCUGCUGCUGCUGCUGCUGCUGCUGCUUCUAAGAAAGAGGAGAAUGGCAAAGGGGGGGAGACGGACAAGCAAGAGACGAGCAAACCUGAGAAGCAGGAGGCGGGCAGCGAGAGAAAAGCCGAGAAAGAGAAGGAGCGGAAGGGGAAAAGCCGGGAGGAGCAGAAGCAGGAGAAGACGGGAGCUGAGCGGGAGGAGGAGGAGGAAGAGGAGGUGCGGAUGUGCUACAGGCGGCAGCAGUUUGUGUAUGACGAGGGGGAGAGGGCAUUCAAGAAGCUAAGGUUUCCGUCCAAGGAGACGUUUGGGGCGUACGUGCAGUGGAAGGGGUAUGGCACGCCUGCUAAGGUGGAAGCUGCUCGCCACCGAUGGGGCCGCAACGCGUUUGAGUUCCCAGCGCCCACCUUCCUCGCUCUCUUCAAGGAGCAGUGCUCGGAGCCGUUCUUUGUCUUCCAGGUGUUCUGUGUAGCGCUGUGGUGCAUGGACGAGUACUGGUACUACUCCAUCUUCACGCUCUUCAUGCUGCUCGUCUUCGAGUCCACCGUCGUCGCCAGCCGCCUGCGCACGCUCAGUGAGCUGCGCCGCGUGCGCGUGGACACACAGGGCAUUCUCGUGCAUCGCGAGGGCAAGUGGGUGACCCUAACAGGGCCUGAUCUCGUGCCUGGAGACAUUGUCUCUAUCGGUCGCUCUGCUGCUGCUCACACUUCAGCUGGAAAGGGCAAAGCAGGGGGAGGGGGAGCGGCAGGAGGGGCAGCAGCGGCGGUGGAGGACCGAACAGUGCCGGCGGAUCUGCUGCUGCUGGCGGGGACUGUGAUUGCCAACGAGGCGAUUCUCACGGGCGAGAGCACCCCGCAGUGGAAGACGCCAGCAUCAACGCGGGAGGGCAGUGAGCGGGUGUCAGUGCGGCGGGACAAGGCACACGUGCUGUUCUCAGGGACUAAGAUUCUGCAGCACACGCCUGACAAGACAGCAGCAAUCAGAGCACCAGAUGGGGGCUGUGUGGCGGUGGUGCUGCGAACGGGCUUUGACACGAGCCAGGGCAAGCUCAUGCGCACCAUCCUCUUCUCCACCGACCGCGUGACGGCAAACAGUGCAGAGAGUGGCCUCUUCAUCCUCUUCCUCGUCGUCUUUGCCAUCGUUGCUGCCGGCUAUGUGCUCUACAAGGGUUUGGAGGACCCACACCGCAGUCGCUACAAGCUGUUUCUCAACUGUUCGCUCAUCAUCACGUCUGUCAUCCCACCCGAGCUGCCCAUGGAGCUCUCCAUCGCCGUCAACACCUCCCUCAUCGCUCUUGUUAGACAGGGCAUCUACUGCACCGAGCCGUUCCGAAUCCCGUUCGCUGGCAAGGUGGACAUCUGCUGUUUCGACAAGACUGGCACGCUCACUUCAGAUGACAUGGAAUUCCGUGGAGUGGUGGGGGCGGAGGGAGGGGGGUCCUUGGAUCUGUCAACGGACUGCCAUCGCUUCCCCCUGCCCACACUGCUCACUCUCGCCGCCUGCCACUCACUCGUCUUUGUCGACAACAAACUGGUGGGGGACCCGUUGGAGAAGGCAGCGUUGACUGGCGUUGACUGGGGCUUCAGUGCAGAAGAGAAGGCACACUCUAGAAAGGGGCAGCACCACGAGGCGAGCAUCAUAUGCCGGCACCACUUUGCAUCGCACCUCAAGCGCAUGGCAGUGAUUGCACGCGUGGACAGCGACCCUGGCUUCAUGGUUCUCGUCAAGGGAGCCCCUGAGACGAUAAUGGAGCGGUUGGGAGAGGUGCCAAUGGGGUACAGUGCGGCGUACAAGCAGUUCACUCGCCAGGGGGCGCGUGUGCUCGCCCUGGCAUACAAGCAACUGCCUGAUAUGACGGUGACAGAGGCGAGGGCUCUGGAGCGUGACGAUGUGGAGAGUGCCCUCACAUUCGCUGGCUUCGCGGUCUUCGCAUGCCCCAUCCGCUCUGACUCCGCCUCUGUGCUUGCAGAGCUGCGCUCCUCCUCCCAUGACCUGGUGAUGAUCACAGGAGAUCAGGCGCUGACAGCGUGUCACGUGGCAGGGCAGGUGAACAUAGUGACUCGCCCUGUGCUCGUUCUCACUCCCUCUGCUGACGGGGGAUUCAACUGGCUGUCGCCUGAUGAAGUCACCUGCAUGCCCUACAGCGAGGAGGAGGUGCAGCGGGUGAGUGAGGAGUACGACCUGUGUGUGGCGGGCGACGGGAUCGCCAUGCUGCAGCGCUGCAACGCCCUCUCCCUCGUCGUGCCGCGCACACAGGUGUUUGCGCGGGUGUCACCGGAGCAGAAGGAGGUGAUUCUAGCAACGCUCAAGGACGUGGGGCGGGUGACGCUCAUGUGUGGCGACGGCACCAACGACGUGGGUGCUCUCAAGCGGGCAGACGUGGGUGUUGCUCUGCUCAACGCUGUCCCGCCUGCUCCUGCUGGCAAGAAGAGCACCGGGGAUGCUGCUGCAGGGGCCGCGAAGCACAAGAGGAGGCCAGGGCAACCCCACGCCACAGCAGCCAUAGGAGGUUCUGCAGGAGCCACCGCAGGCGGCUCCCUCGCUUCUGCCGCAGCAGGCAGCACCACCGCCGCUGCAUCAUCAGCAGCAGCAGGGCCAGGAGGGGUGGUUAACCCACGCCUCUCCGCGCGUGAGAUGCACCAGCGGAAGGUGAAAGAGCAGCAGGAGAAGCUGCAGAAGCUGAUGAAAGAGCUCGAGGACGGAGGGGACGGGCGCGCACCGGUGGUAAAGCUCGGAGACGCAUCCAUGGCCUCUCCAUUCACAGCCAAGCACGCCUCCGUGAAACCCACCCGGGACAUCCUCCGCCAGGGCCGCGCAACGCUGGUUACCACGUUACAGAUGUUCAAGAUCCUCGGUCUCAACUGCCUCGCGACAGCCUAUGUCAUGUCUGUGAUGUACCUUGAUGGGGUGAAGCUCGGCGACACUCAAGCGACGAUCAGCGGCGUGUUCACAGCAGCCUUCUUCCUCUUUCUUUCCCAAGCCAAGCCUCUCGACACGCUUUCGAAGGAGCGCCCGCACCCGAAGGUCUUCUCAGCCUACGUUCUCAUUUCCAUCCUCGGACAAUUCGCCAUCCACAUCACGUUCCUCAUAACAGCCGUGUCCUGGGCGCAGACCUUCAUGCCAGAGGAAUGCAUUGAACCGGACUCCACUUUCUCUCCGAACCUCGUCAACACGGUAUCCUACAUGGCGAAUAUGAUGAUCCAGGUCGCGACGUUCGCAGUGAAUUACAUCGGGCAUCCGUUCAACCAGAGCAUCCGGGAGAAUACGCAGUUCUUCUACGCACUCUCGGCCGCGGCGGUGUUUUUCACAGUGGUCGCGUCGGACACGAUCCGAGAGCUGAACGACUCCCUGGAGCUGGUGAAGCUGCCGCAGCCGCUGGGAGUGUCGCUGCUCGGCAUGGCUGCGGUCAUGUUUGUGGGGUGCUAUGCGUGGGAGCGGCUGCUGCGCUGGUGCUUCCCGGUUCGGGCUGUGGUGCUGCGUGGUUCUGGCAGGGCUGGGCGCGUGGGUGGGAAGGCUUUGGGUGAUGGUGGUGCUGGUGGUGUGGGUGGCGGUGAAAAGGGGACGGGGGCGCUAGUCAAGGCCGCUAGUCAUGCUCCUCCUAGCAACCACUUGAAGCUUAGGCGUCAUCCCUUCGUUUCUCCUGCUACCUAUGCGCCGUCUACUCGUACAUAG